UUGAGCCAAGGUACACACUGAAAAAUGAAAAGUUUUACAGGACCGAAAUGCUGCCAAAGAUUCAUCAGAAGGUGAUACAGAAAGUAAAAACAAUGUUACAACCAGAGAACGCUGGCAAUUCACUCUCAUUCACUACCGACUGCUGGUCCGGAUCAACAGAAUCACUAAUGAGUCUUACGUGUCACUUCAUUGAUAAUGGAUGGACAAAAAGGCAGUUGGUGUUGAACACAAAG